AAGGAAAGAGGGAUAGAUGGAGAGAUACUUGUGAGACGGAAAGGGAGCUGCGCAUAACAAGGAGACAAUCCAUCUGCUCUACUCUGCUCUGCUGGUUGAAGUUGAGAAGGGAUGGACUCAACCACACAAAAGCCUCCUUUUCUUUGAUAGUCUGUUCGACAACAACACUGGUUUGGGUAUGUUGUGUAACUUCCACUGUUCGACAACAAGCUCGAUAUCGAUGCGGUUAUUCUUUCCUCCCUUCGAGUUCAUCAUUUCCAGAUGGUACUUCUGAACCAGGUCUUUCGUCUUAAUCAUCUUCGGUGGUCAACAACCGGUUAAUGUGAUCAAAGAAGCGCCGGAUACUUACCACUUGACGAUCCUUCUUCGAAUAUUCAUCGCGGCCGCAACUUGACUUUAUCUUACCGCCCGUCAGGGCGCCAGGCCACAAAAAAAAAAAAAAAAAAAAAAAAAAAAGAGAAAGAGGCUCAAAAUCGACAACAUGGCGUUAUUACAGACUUUUAGCUCACGGCUUGGGCGUAUCCUCGCCCUCUCGACCUUCUUGGCUCUUUGCAUACUUCUCGUGGGAUAUCAGACAGCAUCGCCAUUGUCUAUUUACCGGCAAAACCCGGUCGUUCUUAAACAACCCGAAAGUGACCAGAAUAUCGGUCAAGGACACCAGACAACGGGAGAAGCGGGUGAUAAUAUGACACCACCGCCGCGGGAAACAUGGAACCAUCACGAAGGAAACACCGGCAUCCCCGCCAACUACGAGGAUGUCUCUCCUCCAACGACUCCUUCUGGAGGAGAAGAUAUCGAUGAGGAUGUAGGAACAGGGACUAUCCAAGCGGGUGAGGAGUGUGUAAGCUUCGAAAAGCUCCAGCGCAUGAAACCCGGUCCGCUAUCGGCCGGAAAGCGCCAGUUCCCCUACGUGCGCCCGCCACCACACUGUCGGACCUUCCAGCUUCCAGCUCUCGAGAAGCUCAUCGAGCGCAUGAGGACCGUGAUCAGAGACCCGGAUCUCUUCCGCCUCUUCGAGAACAGCUAUCCCAAUACUCUCGAUACCAUGAUCAAGUGGCACGGCUACGCUAGGAACAGCUCCCCCUGGGACACGAACAAUGGUGGCACACCCAAGUCCCCUGCCUCCUCCUCAGCUACCCCGGACGAAGCUCAGGACCCAGAAGAAGAAGAAGAAAAAGAAGAAGAAUCCAACCCUGAAACUGACGAAGAACUAACCUACAUUAUCACCGGCGACAUCGACGCCAUGUGGCUUCGCGACUCCGCCUCGCAACUUUACUCCUACCUCCCCUUCCUCACCCCGUCCCCCGACAAGAACUCUCUCGCCAGCCUGUGGCGCGGCCUCAUCAACUUGCACGCCCGCUACAUCGUCAUCUCACCCUACUGCCACUCCUUCCAACCGCCCCCCGAAUCCGGUAUCCCGCCCACGCGCAACGGCGCUUACGCCCAGAACAACCCACAACCCCCCUACGACCCGCAAAAAGUGUUUGAUUGCAAGUGGGAGCUCGACAGCCUGGCUUCUUUCCUGCAGAUCAGCAGCGCGUACCACGCCCGCGUUCCCGAAGAUUUGGCCUUCUUUGGGAAGUACAGGUGGAUCGAAGCCGUCCAGGCCGCCGUAGAUGCCGCGGCCGCGAUGAGACUCGGGACGUACGAUGAGGACGGAAAGGUCUUGCCCUCGGCGUGGACAUUUACGGGCUGGACGAAUAGGGGCAGCGAGACGCUGACGAAUGAUGGGCUGGGAAACCCAGUCAAAGAAAAUGGCAUGGUCAGGAGUGGGUUCAGGCCGAGUGAUGAUGCGUGUAUUUUCCAGCUGUUGACACCGAGCAACAUGAUGUUUGCGGCGUAUUUGGAGCAAGCGUCAGUGAUUAUGGAGGGGUUGGCUGGAUUGAAUGGGCUGGAGGUGGGGAAGAGAGAGAUGGCGAAGAAUGUGACGGUGCAGAUGCGUGAGUUGGCUAGGGGGAUUCGACAUGGGAUUGCUAAGGACGCGGUGGUCACUCACCGAGAGUUCGGUGAGAUGUUUGCGUAUGAGGUGGAUGGGUACGGAAGCGCGAAUCUGAUGGAUGACGCUAAUGUGCCUUCGCUGUUGGCGUUUCCGUUGUGGAAUUAUACUACCCAUCCGCUCGUCGACCCAAAGACCAUCAUCGCCAAGUCAACCCACGGCGACAGCCGUAACCACCAAGUCCCUAAACGCUCAGCAUCAGACCAAUCACCAUCCCUCGACGACGAACUCUCGCCUCCCUCACCUCCCUCCUCCUCCUCCUCUCCUCUGCCUCCCAAGCCCAAACCCUACAUCACCACCCCUCCCCCUUCCCACAACUACUCUUUGAUCAACCAAAAUACCCGGCGCUUCAUCCUCUCCCUCUCCAACCCUUACUUCGCCACCGGUCCCGCCCUCUCCGCCGUCGGCGGCCCCCAUCUCGGUCCCGGAAAAGGCUGGCCGAUGGCGGCCACGGUAGCCGCUUUGACAGCCUACAACUCGGAGCUGUCGGGCUUGUCUUCGGGCACGACGGAACAAGAAAAGGUGGUGAGCGAGCAGCUGCGGAUGAUAUUGGACUCGACGAGCGGGACGGGGGUAGUGCAUGAGACGGUGAACGCGUGGAAUGAGAAGGAUUGGACGAGAAGCUGGUUCGGGUGGGCUAAUGGAUUGUUUGGGGAGUUGAUAGUGAAGAUUGCGGAGGAGGAGGCGGGGAGGGGGGUCAAAUGGGAGAGCGGGGAGGGUUUGUUGGGACGGUUGUGGCAGUGAUGUGCGUGUGUUUGUGCAUGUUUUAUUUCUUAGGGUCUUUUGGAUUUUACUGGGUGUUUGAGCAGGAUAUAUCAUUGCCCGCUUGUAUGGAUGGCCUAUGUCUGUCCUGACUGGAAUAGGAAUGUUAUCUUGGAUCAGGUGAAAGCAUGCUGGGCGUUGACGGCGUUGACAGUGAGUAUCUGACAGUUGAUGGGAAUAAUGGGAUCGUUACUUGCGAAGUCUCGGGAAUUUCGAUCAUAACGACUUCCUUUUCCUGCAGGCACCUUUUUUUUCUCUUUUUAUCACUGUUUACCCUCCCUACCAAACCCUGACCGUACACAUACAAAGAGUUCUCGUACUCAUCUUCAUACUUUGGAUGCUCGGAUCCCAGACCAUGUCAGGUUCAUAGCGGGUUAGGUCCUGAUCUCAGUUAAAACGAAACCCAUCAAUAACCAGAAUGCAAGAAUAACUCAG